CCUGUCAGUACUGUUGAUUUUUGUCUCGAGACGAUUUUUUGAAUUGCGUGCUUUGAGUUUUGUCCUUACGUGGCAUCCGUAACAACUUGGUGAAUCCAAGAUGGCGGCCACCACCGUUGGAAACGAUCUUAUAGGCAAUGAUCUUCCCACUGCCGUGUGUCUACUCAACAGUCUCACAGAACAGGUUGUUUCAGUAACAAGUCAUGUACGGGACCUGAUAAAGAAAGUCAGAGAGAAAGCCUAUCAGACUUCUAAGGGUUUGUCUUUUUUGGACCUGAGAUAUCAUCUGUUACUGUUUUAUCUUCAAGACAUCACUCAUUUGAUUAGUUUAAAGACAGAAGGAGAAAGCCUGAAGGACAACAGCGCCAUCCACAGGCUAGUCACCAUAAGGACGGUUUUAGAGAAGAUGCGUCCCCUGGAUCAAAAACUGAAAUAUCAGAUUGAUAAAUUAGUGCGGACCGCAGUAACAGGCAGCCUUUCUGAGAACGACCCUCUACACUUUCGCCCUAACCCUCAGAAUCUGGUCAGCAAGCUGAGUGAAUCUGAAAACUCAGAUGAGGAAGAUGGAGGAAAAUCAAAGGGGCAAAAAGAUCCUUCAGGCAGCAGGAAAUACGUACCUCCUCGUAUCGCUCCAAUGCAUUAUGAUGGAGACAUGACAGAAGGAGACCGGCAAAAAGAGCAGAUCGAUAAACAAAAGAGAGCAGCACUCCGCAGCUCUGUGAUCCAGGAGCUCCGACAGCAAUACAGCGACGCUCCUGAGGAGAUCAGAGACCGCCGAGACUUCCAGACCGAACGCGAAAGCAGAGAAGAGCUCAACAGGAAAAACUACGAGGAGUCGAUGAUGGUGCGUCUCGGUAUGACGCGUGAGCAGAGACUCAGGAAGAGAGGGAUGAUGGGAAUGACAUCACAGCUGAGUAACAUCACGCGGUUCAGUGACAUCAGCGCUCUGACAGGGGGAGAAGCGCAGGGUAUUGAUCAUCCAAAACCGAAGAAAAAGAAAAUUAUCAAGAAAGGGAAAAAGAAAAUUUUUAGGAAGAAGUAAACCACUGAUGCCCAGGAAAGGUUUUUAGAUGCAUUGCAACAAUUUUUUUUGUUCAAAUAAAUCUUUCCUUAUAUUA